CACGGGGAAGUAAUGUGGGUGCACCCAACAGGGGAAGGAAUUAAUGAGAGCACUGCAGGAAGCAUGGUGUAGGCUGCAGAAGGUGUAGAGUGUGUUUUGCAGAAAUUCAAUGCCCUGAGUAACUCUCUGGUGAUCAUCAAGAAGUAGUGUUGGACAGACAUGGAGGAGGCUCCGCAAGGAACGUUUCAAGAUGAGCUGGACUGGUGUAUCCAACAGCUAGAAACCGCCCUCCUGCGGCGUAAUCCAACCCAACAGCAAGAACAAGAUACUCAAAGGAUACUGCGGGUCCUGCGUUCUCGGAAAGCCCCCUUUGUGAAGAAAAGGCAGGUCAUGAAUCAAGUAUUUGGAAACUACCGUCAAAAAAUGACAGAGGAGAGAAAACAAAAAGAAAAAGCAGCAUCUCCUCCUCAAGUUCAGAUUCAAGAAGUGAUCCAUCCAGAUUCUCGCAGUGUGGCCUACAGGAAGUGCCCCAGGGACGGUCAGAGCACCAGCACACAAUGGUUCACCCCGUCUGACAAUAGUUUUAGCUUCAAUUUCUGCCCAGAAAAAACUGAUGACCAUGCAGAAGCUGGGCCAGAAAACACAGAGGACAGCCAAGCCACGUGUAAACAGACCGACGUCAACAGUAAAGGCAACCUGUUGGGCACUGAGGAAGGGUCUGGCUUCACCUUCAGUUUCCAGAUCCCAGAGGAUACAGUAUCUUCAUCUCCGAACUGUGAAGGUCUUGCCUCUACUGCAGACACUUCAACCGACAAGCCCAGCACUAAUCAUUCAUUGUCGGCGGUCAAAAAUGUUGCAGAGUCACAAGAAGCCUCAUCGCAAAGUGUGUCUAGUUUGGGAGAGGCUUCAGGGUUAUCGGCCAAUCAGAACUUAACGCUGGAAGCUGCUUUGCAAAGUUUAACUGACUCUUCAAAGAAAAAGAAGAAGAAAAAGGCUCAGAAAAAGAAUAAUUGUGCCCAAGCAGAAAAGAAGGUGGAGGAACACAAAGCGGACACAGAGAAAUCACCUCCAGCGAGGGAAGAUGGUCAGUUGGGAGACAGUGACUUGCAGAGGGAGCUGGACUGGUGUGUGGAACAGCUGAAAAUAGGACUACAGCGAAAGAAGUCAACAUCCAAACAAGUGGAAGAAGCAAUGCGUACUAUGAAAACACUGCGUAGCGAAAAAGUGGCAUUGGUUAAGAAACGGCAAGUGAUGCGCACAAUGUUUGGCGAUUAUCGACAAAAGAUGGAAGAAGAGAGACAGAAGCAACUAAAACUAAUGCAGGCAGCUGCUAAAUCUGCACGGGUAACUGAAGUGCCAGAAACAUUGAGACGGAAGAGCAGCAAAGUUUUCCGGAAGAGCGCACAAAAGUCCAACAGAGACACUGGACAGGACCUUCCCACCAGCUCCCAAGACUCAACUGCACAGCCCGCUCCUAACCAAGAAGGAUUCACUUUCCAACCAUCCCAGGAGCCAUUCUUUUUCAAUUUCUUGUAAUUAACGACCUCAUGGGGACAUACUGUUGCUGUUAUCGGUCCAUGGAUGGCCUACACCAGUGUGCCCCUCAUCUUUCUUUUAUUUAAAGGAGAGCUAAAGAAACACGAUUUUAGUGCAAACUCAAGAAAGCUGCAAGGGAAAACGUAUGCUUGUAUAGUAUGUCAGCUGAGUGACGGCUCUGCAUCAUCUUGGGCUGCUGACAUGACGUCCAAGAUGGCAGUAGCAAACGGCAUUCUUAGAAGGCUUUAAGUGGUCAAACAUGCAUAAAAUUAAAUUAAAUGUACCGUAUUUAUCGCGGUAUAACACGCUCCCGUGUAUACCGCGCACCCCUAAAGUGA